UUAAUGUCUGCAGCAAUGGAGCCAGUUCUUGCGGCCUUGAGGUUGAAGAAGAAGUCCCAGUCGGUGGACAUCUCUGAGGAGGGCUUUGCUGCGUCCCUUGUCAAAGACCCGCUUGCGUCACCCAUCAUCAGAAGCAUUGCCCGGGCCACUAUAUCCGAGGAGCAGGAGAACAACACUACCAAUGUCCAAAAAGGCCGCAGUCCUCGUCGUGGAGAACUCAAGAGAGGCUACACUAUAGACACCGGCCAGAAGAAGACCGAGCGCAAGGAUGGACGCCGCAUGUCCUUCCAGAGACCCAAAGGCACCAUCGAGUACUCUGUGGAAUCAAGGGACACCCUAAACAGCAUAGCGCUGAAGUUUGACACCACACCGAAUGAACUGGUUCAGCUCAACAAGCUUUUCUCAAGGGCCGUCGUGCCUGGGAAGGUCCUGUACGUCCCGGAUCAGGAGUAUGUGUCCAGCGCCGAGAGCUCACCGUCCCUCAGUCCCGUCAGCCCCCACUCUCCCACCUCCUCCGAGGCCGACCUUGAGAAGCUGACCAAGGACUCAAAUGAGACGCAUCGCCGGAAUGUUCCGCCGUUGCCAGCCCACCCGCUGCCGCGGCCUGUGCGGGUGGUGUCAUCCACGUCGGAGGAGGAAGAGGCGCUCACAGAGAAGUUCCUCAAGAUCAACUGCAAGUACAUCCACUGAUGGCAAGGUGAGGGCGUAGUGAGCGGGGUGCUGCUGGUGACGCCCAACAACAUCAUGUUUGACCCGCACAAGGCGGACGGGCUGGUGCAGGAGCGUGGCUGUGAAGAGUACGGCAUCAUGUGCCCGCUGGAGGAGUUGGUGUCGGCCGCCAUGUGCAGUGAGAUCACCGACAGCAGGAUGCGCGAGUUUGUGCCGCCGGACCUGGAGCUGGAGCCGUCUGUGCCGGAGGUGAGCCACGUGAAGCGGACGGGCCGUGGGAACGCCGAUGAGGUGGCCCAGCGGCUGCGUGACGCCGGCAACGACAGCGCCAGCACGGCGCCGCGCAGCACCGAGGCCUCGCUCUCCGAGGACGUCUUCACCGAGUCUGAGCUGUCGCCCUCCUCCGACGAGCUGCAGCGCCACAAGUCCUCCGACGCCUCCUCCGAGUCCGUCCAGACCAUCAACCAGGCCGAAGCAGGGGAGGACGCGGGAGGAGCCGGACCGACCGAGGGAGCACAGAUGGAGCGGCAAAGCAGCAGAAAAGACAGCCGUGUUGAGGACAGUAAACACUCCUCUGGGGCUGUUGCCGCAGGCCUGGAUGGUUCCGGAAAGGAGCCCAUUCUGCCAGGAGAUGGGGCUAGGGAUGGCUCCCGUACCCCUUCUGAGUCGCAGAGCUCGGACACGAUGGCAGCGGACAUCCCCUCCUCGGGACAGGAAGUGGAAAGUGGAAGUAGCGCCAAGUUAGCUCCCUCUGCAGGCAAGGAAGAACUCGGGGAUAGCCACACUAUGCAACCAGCCAAUGAGCAUAAAGAGGGUAGUCAGGUGACUGCCAGUCAGAUCACACCAGCCAAUCCUGAUGGGACAGAGAAAGGUCAAGGUGCAGAAGAAGGAGCCUCAGAGGCCAAAGAGAAGCAGAAGACCCGGUCCCACAAGUUCCUGUCCCUACGGGUGGGCAAGGCCAUGCGCAAGACGUUCGUGUCCCACGCCAGCGCCUCCAUGCAGCAGUAUGCCCAGAGGGACCGGAAGCACGAGUACUGGUUCGCUGUCCCACCUGAGAGGUCAGACCACCUGUACUCGUUCUUCGUCCAGUGGACCCCCGACAUGUACGGCGAGAGUGGUGUGACCCGCGAGCCGGGCUUCGUGGUCGUGAAAAAGACUGCCGAAACAGAAGAGGGAGAGGAAAAGCCAGCGGCUGACAUCACCUCAAAGGAGUGGGAGGUAGUGUCGGUGGCUGAGUACUACCGGCGGAUUGAUGCACUAAACAGCGAGGACCUGCGUUCGCUCUGCAAACGCCUCCAGAUCACCACAAAGGCAGAGGUCAACUCCAAGCAUGGUCCAUGUGUGAAGAGCGAGCCAGAACCCGAGGUGUUCCGGACCAACCUGAGUGAGCCGAGUGACCUGCUGCAGACUGAACAGAUCGAGAAGCUUGCAAAGAACCUGCCCCCUCGAACAAUCGGGUAUCCCUGGACCUUGGCCUUCGGUACAACCAAACAUGGCAUGAGCAUCAAGACCCUGUACCGCAUUAUGCAGGGACUAGACUCCCCAGUGCUCCUCGUUAUUAAAGACAGUGAUGGGCAGGUUUUUGGAGCACUGGCCUCUGAGCCCUUUAAAGUCAGCGAUGGUUUCUAUGGUACGGGAGAGACAUUCCUCUUCACCUUCUGUCCAGACUUCGAGGUGUUCAAAUGGACUGGAGACAACAUGUUUUUUAUGAAGGGAGAUAUGGAUUCCUUAGCAUUUGGGGGUGGUGGGGGUGAAUUUGGGCUGUGGCUUGACGGUGAUCUCUAUCGUGGCCGGAGUCAUUCCUGCAAGACAUUCGGCAACCCAAUGCUCUCCAAGAAAGAGGACUUUGUCGUUCAGGACAUUGAAAUCUGGUCAUUUGAGUAAGCACGCCUCCCCCGUGCUGUUCCUCUGACUCUCUGUACAAAUAAAAGACUCAUUGGGGGGGUCCCCAGAGUACAUCAGCCACCUCCCAGACCUGAAUCACACAUCACUCUCCUGGCUUCUCGGAGACCCAGUCAUUGAGAUUGCAUGGGUCCUCGCGGGGGCCUCUGUGCUCGCAAUCAAUCCAUUUGUAUCGCUUUGUGUGUGUGAAUCUCUUGUGUCUAAGUGCGAGAAAGCUUCUCUUGUCUAGAGGAGUUUACAGGAUUGCUUCAGUUCCUGAUAUCCAGUGGGUCUUCAUUGGGAAAGGAUGACCUGGCAGAUGUGAUCAUCAUUUCUGUUCUGGUCCUCUGCCGACACGUGGCAGCUGUCCCAGAACCUCGAAAUCAUGAUACUCCCCACCCCACACCCUAUAACAGGUGGUAGUGUGCGCGAGCCAUUGGAAACAUAAUCACAAACCAAAGCUCUAGCAUUAACAAAGAUACAAGGGAUUUUGCCACUUGUAGCAAAAGCAACCAACCAAACUAUAAGCAAAAGCGGCAGUGUAGCGUCAGGCUAGGUGCGUCCAUUCGUCCACUCAUGGCCCAUAGCACAUUUUCCCAAAGCACAUACUAUAGUGACUAUACUCCGAACACCUGUGAUGAUGACAUCCUAUUCCUGUCCAGUGCACGCCUCUGUGCUGAUACUAGCUUCCUGUUUGAUCUGAGGUUGUGCCCCCCCCCCCCCUUCUCUUUAUGCUGUGUCGUGUUGCUAUAGAAACGUGAAGAUGUGAAAAUUACUUUGUGGUGGCCUCAACCAUACUAGUGGGCUUACUGUCAUUCUGUUGUUCCACUGUCGCAGCCAACAAGGAGAGAGUUUGACUACUUGUCACAUCUGAUGGGUCAGAUAGAGAGAGAAAUUUUAUAAUAUAUACAUAUAUAGCAAAUAUAUAUUUAUAAAUAUAAUGUGUACAUAUAAAUACAUAUUGCUGUUAUUCGUGACAGUGAUAUGUUUUGUGCAGAUGUCUUGACUGCAACGAAUCUUGAAUGUAUAUAUCCUUGUAAAUGAUUAGAAAUAGAUCUACUAUACAGUAUAUCUGUACACAAAUGUAUACAUUUAACCCCGAGUAAUGCUGUUGAUUGCGACUGGCUUCUUGGGGCAGUCCACUGUACUUCUAAAUUGGGAGGAAGCAUGUCUCUGGGUACCAGGACGACGGCUGUGUUUCACGUCAGUGGUAACCUGGCUACGGUGUAUAGGGUGACCUGGGCUAUUUUUUUCUUCUUUUGCAAUACCCAGGAGUGAUGAGGGACUAAUGUCUCGUGCAACUAGAGCCAGCCUCCUGGGCUUAUAGAUCACAAAGGUGUCAGCAGUGUGGAAAGAGAAUAGCUGCUGCAAUAUUUAGAAAGGGCACCAGGGGAUGAGCUGUUGUUUUUAUGGCAAGAGAAGAUUGAGAAGACCUGCUGAAUGGGACGAGAAAGUGGACACAAUUAUUGUGGACUAUUAGUUAAUGAGAUGGCGCCAUCUCCUUCGCCGCCACCUGCCCUUCUCUGGUCUUCCAAAGCAGUGGCCCGUUUGAUGUCCUUGUGGUCACAAAGAUAACAUCCAGUUGUCCACCUCUUGUAACCACACCAGAUAACAGUGUAAUCCUGACGUAGAAAAUAAAUAAUAAAAGAUCUAUGUGAUUCCAA